UGAAUGGAGUCUCCACUGUCGUUGCUGGAAGUGCGCUAAUGCGGUGCCUUUCUAACCCACAAAAUCAACAACAUGAACAAGAAAACCUUAAACGCCGAAUAGGAAAAACGUCCCCUAGAAAGUCACCAAUGCCGCCCAAGAACACAGCCAAGCAGCAUUUACAUACAUGAACUCGCAGUCGCCGAAUAGAGCCCACCAUGCCUUACAAGCGACAUUUUUACUGCGACCAACGACAAUUCUUGCGAGGGCAACAGAAUAUCGCAUUCCCUACAACACCACCCACCGUCACCAACUGCCUCAACCACUGCAGCGAGAACUUCAGGCAAUGACGGCGCUCUUCUGGUGUAUCCUCACCAGCCUUUCCAUCGUGUCUGUCGCCCGUCGCGUCGCCUUUGUCAUUACUCUAUUUUUUCCAAUCCAAUGGUGAUUGGUGACUCUUUUUACAUUCUUCAACCUUACUGUUGUUUUUGGCUGCUACUUGAGUAAGGUGGUGUGAUGUGUGAGUUUAGUGCCUUUCCUCCCCAUGUAUGUCGCUGCUACUGCGCUGCCAACGUCGCUGUCACUGCAGCUACUGUCGCAGUUGUCGCAUUCCAAUUUUUAUACAGUUUUUUCGUCUUCUCUCUUCGUAAUUUUGUCGUCGAGUGUCAUUGGCUGAGUCGCAUUCGUUGGUGCUUAUGUCGGACUGUUGUUGUUGCUAUAGUAGGUGGAUAUAUGGCACUGCCUUAUCAAAACGUGUGCUUGUUACUUAAUGUGGAGGGCGGAAAGGGGAGGGCUAUAUUCUGGAUGUUAUAUAUUUGAGUUUGGUGCGCUGUGGCCUAGGCCACGGAGUGUGUAUAUGUACAAUAUAUAUGCGUGUGUGCGGUGAGUGAGCGAUUGUAAGCGUAUAAGCUUACGGGCUAUGCGAAUAUGAGCAUUUCAAGCAAAGUGUGUACAUGUGUGAGUAUAUGUGCAGUGCCUGCAUGUAUAGGUGCAAAAAUGGAGAAUUCAUAAGUGCAUGUUGUAUGGCUGUGGGUUUUGGCGAGUCUGGUCUGGUAUUGCACAAAACUCGCGCAUUUCAAUGGCGACACAGAGCAGCGACGACGACAACGAAAACGACAAUUGGCGACAAGAACGAGAACGAGAACGACGAUGCAAUAAUAUUUUCAAUGACCGCUACUUUCGUUGUUGUGCAUGUUGUUGACUCUGGUGCUGCUGGCAAUUUUCGAUUUUCGCUUCCGCCAACGACAGUGGCCUGCAGAAAUCGGCGAAUAUUUAACUAAUGAAAGACCAAAAAAAAAAAGAAAAAAAAAAUAGUGGAAACAAAAUCAAAAUUAAAUAAACACUAAUUAAUAAGUUCGAGGCAUUCACUUAUCAUCUCUUUUCGUUAACUACAGCUAUUUAAAUACUUAUUUACAAUCAUACACACAUACAAAUGUACAUGCAUAUGUACAUACAUAUAUACAUAUACGGAAGCAAAUAAAUAACAGCAACAUAAAAAGAAAAGCGAGAAAUUCGUGUUUUUGUGAACUAUUGAAAAUAUAUUGUUUUCAAAUGAAAAGUUAUGUGAAAAAUAUUAAAUAAAAAAAAAAUUAUUCAAACCUAAAUACAUAUGUAACACAUACAUGUGUAUUUGCGUACAUAGUUCAUACAUAUCCUUGUGUUGUUCAAAUAAAUGGACUUACUGAUAAUACUUUAUAUAAAAAAGUGUUGAACACUUUCGUAAUUAGUUAAAUGUAAAAAAAAGAAGAAAACAAUAUUUUCACAUACAAAAUACACCAAUAAAAAACAACAAUAAUUUCAAUCAACAAUAUAAAAUCACCAGAUGCUGAUAUUCGAUUAAAAAUUAUUUAAAGGUCGGAGAAAAGGGUGUAAGGUUGAUUUGUUCCCAAAAGGCUUCAUUUCGGAGAGGGAGGGUGAAAAACAGAUUAUUUAAAGAGGCUCUUUCAUCAGCAGCGGAGCCGUGGACUGCUGCGCGUGUGAGCUUCAAGGUAUCCACGAUUCGCCAUGAAGAACCUUUGCACUUCGGUGUAUACGAUUAACAACUACACGAUCAUUCUACGUAAGAAGUCCUCUAGUCUCGUCCAACACAAAUACGCCUGUCCGCGCAAAACGGCGACUUAAUGAAUAUUAAUCAGGAAAAGUGCAGUAACGGAUUCCAGCAGCGACAUCCAGCACAGCAAUAUCCGCAAGCACAACUCUACCCAAUUCCUCUACCGCCCACACUACAACAAUCAGCAACUGUUGCUGCCGCUGCCGCAAUCGCCACUGGUACACAUUCUUUGACGACCGCCAGUUCGCAACUGCAAGACCUCGAGCUUGAAUAUCUGAAAAAGGCGCAUGCGCACGCUCAGGCGCACGCGCAAGCUCAGGCCGCGGCACUUGUUUACAGCUACGAACGUCAGCAUCUGCAGCAGCAGCAACACCAACAACAACAGCUAAAACAGCAGCAAGCUGUAGCGCGGCGUUCAAGUGCAGAUCACGAAUUCUCCAGUAAACGAAACGCCCAUCAUCAGCAGCAGCAGCAUAAUUUAGCAACGACGAGCUCAGCUUCCAUGGUUAUGUCACCGAGUCGGCGUCCGUCGCCGCCACGUGCUGCUUCGCAUCCCAUGAAUAUGCAUCUGAGCUCUCUGGCGCAUGCACAGAUGCAGCUUCAAUCUCAGUUACAUCAAAAAUUUUCCGCGGCGGCUGCGGCCGGCAGCAAUUUGCCGCCGCCGCCAAAUCAUUUGAGCAAUUAUUUUCGUAAUCAGGCAUCACCAGCUUGUGGCCUGCCACCACCGCCGCCGCCCCCUCCUACAUCCAGCGCCAAUACAGCGAAUACUCAACAGCAGCAACAACAACCACAUUCACCGGCGAGCAGCGUCAGCUUAAGUACUUCCGGUGGCAGUAUGCAGCAGGCAGUGGGUUCGGGCUCAACUCACAAUCAGCAUAACCCACUAAGCCAUUUACAGAGCAUGCAACCUUUCGACUUUCGCAAGAUUAACUCCUCCGCAUUCGGCGCCUUACCACCGCUGCCACCAGCGCGCAUGAGUCCAAACGAACUGGCACAUCAUCAACAUUUGCAACAGCAGGCAGCUCAACAAGCGGCUAUGCUGGCCCAAGCACGCCGUCGCAUUAAUGAGGCUACAACGCCAUCAGAGAAGAAUGCGGCGGUCGCUGCGGCUGCGGCUGCUGCAGCCCAAAGUAAUCAAUUCUUCAAUGCGAUGGCAAUGUCGGGCCAUCCACUGCCCUUCCCACUACCGCCGCCUCCGCCACCACCACCGACGCACGGUCCACCAGGCACCUCGCCUUCGUGCGUACCAACGGCUGCCAGUCUACCACCGGGUUUAACGAGUAAUCAAGUGGCGGCAAUAGCCGCUGCGGCUGCUGCUUCUGGAAAUCCAAUGCCCCACAGUCUGCUCGCGUCACACUUCCCUACCAUGAAUUCUACAUUUAACCUAGGUAAACCCCAAACAGCGCGUACUAAUUCCCCAGAAGGGGACGAGUCCAAACAUGCCUUAAAUCAGGCAGACAGUAAUAAUAUAACUCACUUGCGUGAUGGCGCAAGUGUUUCCCAUUCGCAGCACCAACCUUCACAUCGUCAUCACCAUCAUCGGCCUGUGUCGCCACCCACUUCCUUGGGCACAACCACCGCCAUCUCUAAUUCAUACCAAAGUCAGCAUCACGAAUCUCGUCAAUCGCGUUCAACUCACAUCGAACAUCCGUCUUCGCAUUCCUCGCAGCGACUGACGAGAUUUUCCACUGGUGCAAGUUUACGUCCCGGGCGUAAAUCUCAUUCGCCGGGUAAACGUCAAUGGGGCACUUUGCCGGCUAACCUGGGCACACAAUUUAUAAAUCCGGUAACUGGAAAGAAGCGCGUUCAAUGUAACGUCUGUUUGAAGACCUUCUGUGACAAAGGUGCGCUGAAGAUCCACUUCUCAGCCGUUCACUUGCGAGAAAUGCACAAGUGCACUGUGGAUGGCUGCAGUAUGAUGUUCAGUUCUCGUCGUUCUAGGAAUCGACACAGCGCAAACCCCAAUCCUAAGCUACAUUCUCCACACCUAAGACGCAAGAUAUCGCCUCACGACGGACGCACAGCCCAACCGCAUCCGUUGCUUUUGCAGCCACCGAACGGUUUAAUGGCGGGUCUCAAUCCAUUCGGCAGUUUUCCACUACUCACUCCACCGCCCGACAUGAGGCAUCAUCAAAUGGCUAGCAUGCAUGACAUGAAGCACAACUCAGCUGAGUUUAUGCACCGCUCGUAUAUGGACAGCACAAUGUUGGGACGCUACGAGACUCGUUCACGUCACCGGCAAGACAGUGAGGGUCAUCUGGAGGAUGAUGAAGAUGACAGCAUAUUGGAUGGUGGCAUUCAUAUUGGAGAUGAUGACGACGAUGAAGAUGAUGAUGACGACGGCGAAGGCAUAGUGGUGGUGGGCGAUGAAGGCGACAGUAUUUUAGAGAAAACAAACUCAGAGGAUUACAACACGGAUGGUGGCGGGGACGAAGCUUCCGAUCUAGGUGACAACAGUAAUGAUAUGGAUCUCACCACAUCGACAUCGACACCGACAACGACUGACUACAAGCAUACCAAAGAAUCAACUUCCCAUAAGACGGAGAGAAUGGACACGUCCACGGCCACGGCCACAGGUGUGGAUUUGAGUGUGACUGACCAACAAAGCUGCGAGAGUAAUGACGAUUCACUGAGUGUUACUGAUUCGUACAGCAUGCGUGGUGACUUCGAAAAUUAUGCUUUUGCGGGUGUGGGCAGUGGAGGUAGCAGCAGUACUGCCAACACACCAGGCUCUUCAUCAAAUAAACGUAAACGAAAAAGUCAGAACCCAGUGCGUUGCACUGUGCAGUCUGAUGAAAAUUCCUGUGAUAACUCCACUCAAUACGAUGUAGCUGCCGACUUGUCGCUGAAGAAAUCACUUCCAGAAACCGCACCCGAACUCCCCGAAACGAAAAGUGAUGGUUUCCAAGAUAAUGCAUCUUUAGAUUUAAGCAAACGAACACGAAAGUCUCAGAGUCCAGAAUCAACCGCGCCCAACCAGAACUCGAACGCAACUGAGAGCACAAAAGUGCUUCCAUCACCACCGCUGACGCCCUCGACGUCCAUCAGUGAACCAGCAACUUCAGCGCGCCCCCAACUAAUGGCCGGUAGUCAACUUAAAUCAGAACCAGUCGACGAGGAUUAUGAACAACAGUUAGAUCUUCAAAACGGAUCUGAUAUAAACCAAACUCUGGAGCAAGAACACUCGUUGGAUCUCUCGGCCACGAAUAUGAGAAAGGAGGCGCCACUUUCGAAUACCAAACCAACAGUUGAUAACGACGAGUCAUUGGCCUCUAUAAAACAGGAGCGCAUCGAGGAAGAGCAGCCACUUACAAUAACGGCAAAUACGAAUUCAAACGGAAAUGAAAAUAGUUUGUUGAGUAUAAAGAGCGAGCCGCUAGAAGACGACUGCAAAUUAAACAUAUCAACUACAGAGCAGGAAUGCCAAAUGAAAAAUAUCAACAACAACAAUAACAAUCCUAAGUCAAGUAUAGAACCACAGUCCGGAGAGAAAUUCGAACAGCCCACCCUCCCGAUCGACGCCUUACAACACCAGAUCAAUGAAGAAGCCAACGGGGAUCUCUUGACCGAAGAAGCCGAAGUACCCAUCGACAAAGAUAAUCCACUCAAGUGUACAGCUUGCGGUGAAGUAUUCCAGAAUCACUUCCAUUUGAAAACCCACUACCAAAGCAUACAUUUGAAGCUGCACCACAAAUGCAACAUCGACGGCUGUAACGCGGCCUUCCCCUCGAAACGCAGCCGAGACCGCCACAGUUCGAACUUGAACUUGCAUCGAAAAUUGCUUUCCACAGGCGACAAUCACCAUCACGAAUCUUUAUCCGAUCAUAUCGCUACGAACAAUAACAAAGCCUUUGGCGGCGUAGCCAACUGUGGUGUACCGAACACAAUUCAAGCUGAAUUCUUGGCUCGGCUAUAUGCUGGUUCACACGGCUUACCGCCGUUAAACUUCGAUGCACUCAAGCAUCAUUUGCCGACGGCCAUCCCACAUGCGCCAAACUUCCCGGAUACAUCUUUCAUGCCAGAUCCGCGACUCCUGCUCGGCCAUCCUAACAAUCCAUUGCUCUUCCCCGGCCUAACUGGUCUUCCAGGCUUCCCACACUUGGCACCUCAUCUACUAGCUGCGCCUUUUAACGGCCUCAACCCGUUCUGCAGGCGACCUUCCUCCGAGUCACAUUCACCACACUCCACACCACCACCCGCAAAUGCGCCCCGUUCACCGCAAUGCUCCCCGCAAAGUGGCGGACAACAACCAACCAAAACCAUGUCCGAACGAUCAUACCAAAGUUCGCCGACGGACUGCGAUUUCAAUGCCCCAUCACCGACGUCAGCAGCGGAUAAGGACGCGGGGAAGGCUCAUAUGAAACAAUUAAGCGCAGCCGGGACAGCGCAUCACAUACACCAACCACCGGCGCACCGACAGACGCCCGAUAGGAUCUCAUGACCGUAUGCAACACGCUUUGCGGAGAUGAUGUCAUACCGACAGUGAUCGGCCGUGAUUGGUCCCUAGGCCGGGUUGCCCAGUGGGUCCUGAGUACAACAAAGAGCGGGAGAAGUGCUGGUGCUCAAGACGAAUGAAAUGCACAUGUGACAUGUGAACACAAUAAAUCAGCUCGCAGCUCAUUAAUUUAUGACACAAACAUACAUAUACACAUACAUACUGGUAUAUAUAUAUGAGCAAAUAAAUUUUAAUUUUAAUUUAGCAAAAAGUAAGUGAUGAAUUGUAGUUUUAGAACACGGCAGAGUUGUAUACAUACAUACCCAUACAUACAUAUUACAGUUACAUUAUGUAGUCGGAAACACUUGGGUGAACGCACACACACUACCAAGUGGUGUUAUAUCUAUGGAAAUUAACUGUUUAAUACUUUAGAGCUAAAAAUUUAAAUUCGAUAAUAAUAAAAAAUGAUGAAAACAGCAAAAAAGUAUGAAAAUCGAGUAAAACUUUCUUCUAC